UUUUACACACGUGCAUAAAAAAAAGGAGACGAAAUAAUGAAACUAGGAAGAAACUGCCAAUUCAAAGUGUGAGAGAGGUAUAGUAACUGCCAGUAACCGCCAGGGACGAGUGGGUUUGUAUUCAACACAUGCCUUUUGCAUUGUCUCCAUACUUGAAAAUUCAAAGGAGUUGCUUUCCUGCUACUGCAUAUAUAUAUAUACAUACCCACAAUAACAAAUGCAAUAUAACUGCAACAACUGCUAUUUACGAAUCCCAGGCAUGAACGACAUUAACAACUACUCUUCCUUCGCCGCCGAUUCAGGUUCUCUGGACUCAAAUCAUUCAUGCUUGAUGGUUGCGGUUGGAAGUGUCGGUGUUGAGUUUGCACCUUCGUCGUCUUCUUCAUCAUCAUCAUCUCUUACUCGGUGCCGUAAACCUAGAAAGAAGAGCGCUAAACUGAUAAGCAUAAUGGAAGAAGAAGGAGUGAAAGGUAACAAGAACCGAGACUCGGAGGAGGCGCCGAAGAUCACGCGUCCAUGCACCCAGUGCGGCAAGAAAUUCUGGUCAUGGAAGGCUCUCUAUGGCCACAUGCGGUGCCACCCUGAGCGGCCGUGGCGAGGCAUAAAUCCUCCUCGGAACCUCAUCCCACCACCACUAGACACGAGCGGCGUCACAGUGGAGGAUCAAGAGGUUGCCACGUGUCUCCUGCUGCUAGCGAACAGUGGGAGGGAGACGGUUAAAAAUGAUGAGUCUAAUGAAGUGAAGAUAGUGGAAUGUGGAGAUUCUUAUCAUUACAAAGAAUUUGAGUGCUCCAGUUGCAAGAGAGUGUUUGGAUCUCAUCAAGCACUGGGAGGGCACAGAGCAAGUCACAAGAACGUCAAGGGCUGCUUUGCCAUUACUCGGACCACCACCGAGGAUCAUCUACUAAACAUUAACCUCCUCGCGCAUGCUGACCACGGCGACGGCGACGGCGACGGCAUCGCCAGCCACCAGUGUAGCAUAUGCCUCAGGGUGUUCCCCAGUGGCCAGGCUCUUGGUGGACACAAGAGGUGUCAUUGGGAGAAAGCUGAGAUUGAUGAGACUGAUGGGUCAACGUCAACACUACUCCCUGUUGACCUCAAUUUGCCUGCUCCUAUUGAUCAACACUACUACCAUUGCUCUUCUUCAACACUCACUCUGGAUUUGAGGUUGGGUCUUUAAUUUUAGCCUACCCUGCCUCAUUUCUUAUUCUUAAUUAUUUUAAUUUCCUAUUUUUCAGCUGUGUGUAUCUUAGGUUAUAUAUCUUUUAUACUUAGCUAAUUGACUUUGGAAAAAAAAAAAAAAACUUAGCUAAUUGACCUUAUUAAUUCAUAGUCACAUACACAAUUGAUGUAGUGCUAACGGUGCGCUGCUUAAUGUUCCUCACUAUAUAUGUAUCCAUUCCUUAAUUCUCUUUCAUUAUUACAAUAUUGAUCAAGUUUCAAUAUUGAUUUCUUCCCCUUAUUUUACCUUUUAUCUGCAUUAUUCUUACACUUUGUAAAACACAUAUGUAUUAACAUUCGAACUGAACUACAAUUAUCACUGAUUGAUUAUAAUUCAGGAUGUUAUGUCUAUAAAUUCACAUAAUUAUUUUCUACAUUUAGAACACAAAUAAACCCAUGUUGUAGCUGGAAUUUGAAAAUUACUCUUACCUUAUGCGGAGCACACGAGUCCGAAGUUAUGUUAAUAGAAAAUAAAUGAUAACUAUUUUUUUUAUGUCAAUGAUAACUUUAUUUUAAGAGAAAUAAAUAGACGAUGAACAUUUAUAAAAGAAAUAGCAGUUUUCUAAUUUUCACUUUAAAUGUAAUAACGUAUAUUGUUAGAAAAAUAUAUUAAUUCCGAUAUGGUAUUUUAAUGAACGACAAAACUGAAAAAUAUAUAUGGUAAGUCAAUUAACUUAUGAGUUAUCAAGGAGUAUCUCCACAUUCAUCAUUAACAAAGUUGAGCAUCACACACACAAAAUUUAUACCAAUAGAAGUCUUUUAUCUUGUCAUCAUAUUUAUAGAAAUGUUUAAGCUUUUCUUAAUCACUUUUAUAUACAUUUUUCGUAAUCUUCUUUUCAUGAUAUAAUUUUAAAAUUUUAUUCAUUUCUUAUCAAUAAUUUUUAAUACAAAAAAAUACACAAAAUAAUACACAUAACAUUCUUCCUUUUCCCAACCCUUCAUCUUUCUUGUUAUCUAAGGUCUUGGCAGAGUUCACUCACAGAUCUACACGCGUAUA